CCAACUUUUUCCCGGUUUUAAAAAUAUCUUUAUGUAUACCUAGAAAAAUUAGGUGUGUUUUGGAAUUAGUAUUUUUGCAACUGUUUCUUGAAAAGCUACAGCUGUCCAGUCUUUUUUUCCAAGGAAAAGGUAUUACGUUCUGCUCAAAGCAAGGACAGCCCUUUUUUUAGAGACAGGGGCUGAUAAAUAUGGCGGCUGUAGCAGGGCGAGUUUGGGGGUGGGUGCGUCCCGCCCUCUCCUACCGCCCCUGGGGGGGUAACAAGUCUGCAACUGAUGAGGAGGAGAUAAAGGGCAGCUGGGGAUGGGGGUGGGGUGGGGUGUCAACGUGGGUUUGGGGGGGUUGGAGAAAGCAAAGUGACCCAAGGCAAGUAGCAGCGCAGUACUGGGAGAAGGAAGAGAAGAUCCAGUCAAUGGAAAUCGAGGAUCUUGGAGCUGGGAGGAUGGAGGCAGAGGAGAGCACACAGAGCGCCCCCAGGUGGUGGAGUAAGGUGCUGCCGUCGUCGUACCUGUUUUGGCCCCGAGCGUCGGGCUCGGGGGGGCUCAGGCAGAGGAAGUGCGUCGGGUGGAACGAAGGGGGGUGGGAUUCUGACAAAGACGGGGAGUCCUCGGAUUACGGCACCCCUCCACCUUCCCCUACGCCCCCCUCCCACCCCGCCUCCCCGUUCCGCCUCUUUGCCCGGUCCUGGAAGGGGGAGGUCCUGCCGGAGCACUACGAGAUCUGCUUCAACUUCCUGCGCCACCUGUUCGACCUGUUCGUGGUGGGCUUCCUGUGGACGGUGUCCCCCCCGGUGCGGGUGGUCCUGGACGUCCUGGGGGUUCAGGGCGCGCUGAAGCUGUGGAUCCACGGGAUGGCGCUGUUCUUCGUCUCCACCGUGGGGAUGGGGGGGCUUCUCUGGCUGGUGCAGGAGUACCUGCCUCAGUUCGCCCUGGCGUACGGCAUCGUGCAGGCCCUCGUCAUCUCCGUCAGCGUCCGUCAGAGCGUGGUGCUCGGCGAGGAAGAGGAGGAGAAGGGAGGAGAGGAGGAGCAGAGGGAGGAGCAGCAGCAGCAGGAGGAGGAGGCGGGGGCGGAGCUGGAGCAUGCUACAGCAGUGAAAGGGAAGAGUGCUCCCUGAGAAGGCUGUCGGGGACCCGGAGAAAACGACUUCUUCGGUGGAAAUAUAUGCAAAACAUUUCGUCUGAACUGAGGCCGCAGGAUCCUCGGAUGACAGGAACCCUGCUGAAACACACUCCUUCACAUCACCAGUAAUCAAACGAGCCACCAGCCGAAAAUAACUCUGAAGGGAUUCCUUUUUCUGUACUGUCAGGCAGACUUUUCAUCUGGAUUAUCGUGAUUUUUGUUUCUACCCCAAUCUCUGAAACUGAAUGACGACUCUCCUUCUCCUGCCAGGACUGAAAUGCUGCUGGGACUGAGCAUUUCUGCUGGUAUCACUACAAGGCUGUGACAGAGAGUGCAAUGGGAAAGAUUAACGGUGGCAGCGGUCACGGUUAACACUCCACAUGUAUCAUUUCUCGGCAUUGGCAUGGCCCCUGCUACACUUGCCUUGCCUCUGCAAUGCUAGCGUGGCCUCUUGCCAUGCUAACGUAGCCC